CCAUUCUUUCAUCUUCUACCUCUCACUCCUCUUUGCGCAUUGCUGUAGACUGUUCAUAAGAUUACUGCAUCAAUUGAACUCUGUUCAUUAGAUCUUUCUCAGAAUAUCAUGGUCUUAGGUACCUCUAACCUUCAUCUAGGUCUUGGUCUUGGCCUCCAAGAUCAGUCACAAGAAACAUGCAUGAAGAGCCAUGAACGAAGGCAAAGACAAAGACAAAGCCAGAAAAAGAAGGAUUCCGAUGAAUGUUUUGAUUUUCACCGUCGUGCUUCUCCUCCAAGUGCAGUGUCUUCGUUUCUCAACUCAUCAAGCAUCAUCAAGAGAGAGCGAGAUGAGUUGGCCGGAGAAGAAAUUGAGUUAGAGGUAGAGAAGUUUCCCUCAAACUUAAGAGUUGUGGAUCUCGAUGAAUAUGGUUACUCCAAGAAGAAGCUGAGGCUCAGCAAAGAACAAUCUGCAGUCUUGGAAGAUAGCUUCAAAGAGCAUUCUACUCUCACUCUGACACAGAAGCAAGGAUUGGCAAAGAAACUGAAUCUGCGGGCGAGACAAGUGGAAGUAUGGUUUCAGAAUAGGAGAGCAAGGACAAAACUGAAGCAAACGGAAGUGAACUGUGAGAUACUGAAGAAGUGCUGUGAAAGUCUAACAGAAGAGAACAAGAUGCUGCAAAAAGAGUUGGAAGAGCUUAAAUCGAUGAAAACAGCAUUGCAGGGACCCCUUUUUAUGCAGCUUCCAGUGCCAAACCUUACAAUAUGCCCUUCCUGUCAGAGAAUUUCCGGUGGCAGCGCCGCCACCACCAACAGUGCCUCCCCUCCUACCACCACCACCACCUUGCUUGUGGGACCAAAGCCCCGUCACGAUCACCACUUCUAUAAAAAUAACUAUACAUUCACACAAUCAUCAGCAGCUUGCUAGCCAAACAAUACAACUUAGUUAAAAUAAAUUC